AUGACCUGCUUGGAGGUGCCCCCGCGCCUCGAACUCCUCCCGGUCACAUGCCAGCCCCGCGGCCUGCAGCUGCCUCCAUGGAGGCUCAGCCUGUCGAGGUCCUCCUCUUCAUGCAGAUCUUGCACUCUUGUCUCCCGCCAGCUUCCAAUUUGCAAUGCACAGUCAUAUGCUGAUGAUUUAUGGGUGCCUGCGCCUCAGAGCCCUGCAUCUGUUCGGUCAAGAUUGCUUGCAGCAGAAAGAGAGGAAGCAAAAGCUGUUCUGUCCCUGUUUUUGAGACAGAAAGGUUUGCGAAGCACGCUAGCUGCACGGAUUGUGAACAAAUCAGAUGGAUUCAUUGAGCACCUGGUCUCAAAGCUCCAGAUUGCUUACAGAUCUCGAUAUGCUGAAGGAAGGGAGCUGAGCACACCUGAGAUCAGAGAUGCUCUCAUUCCCUAUCUAGAAGCUCUUUCUAAAGAACAUGGCGAUAGUUUGGUCGAGGUGGUGGAAAAUUUCCCUGAUCCUUUCUCUAUGGAAAGGGAAGCCUUAUCUUCAUCAAUGCCAUUUACACCCACAAGCUCAAAUAAGCAAAAGGCAAUUGCUCGAAUAACCACGGCAACCUCAGGGGGUGCCCUCCCUGAGCUAGUCCGCUACCUACUAGACCUCGGCAUGGAUCAUGAGGAGAUCAAGACCAUCGUGCGCAAGUUCCCAGCAUUUGCAUACUACAGUGUGGAUCGUAAGAUCAAACCCCUGGUGGAGCUACUACUUGAGCUUGGGGUGUCAAAGUCCAGCAUACCAGGAAUCAUAAAGAAAAGGCCUCAGCUGUGUGGCAUCAGCAUGUCAGAUAAUCUUAAACCGAUGAUGGCUUAUUUGGAGAACAUUGGUGUCAACAAAGCUCAGUGGAGCAAGGUGAUUACCCGGUUCCCUGCGCUUCUCACGUAUAGUAGGAACAAGGUGGAGACGACUGUGAGCUUCCUUACUGAGCUAGGAGUUUCCAAGAAAAACAUUGGCAAGAUCCUGACGAGAUGCCCUCAUCUCAUGAGCUACAGCGUCGAUGACAAUCUCAGGCCAACAGCUGAGUACUUCUGGUCGAUCGGUGCAGAUGCUGCAUCUCUUAUUCAGAAGAGCCCACAGGCCUUUGGUCUGAAUGUCGAGGCAAAGCUGAAGCCGAUCACAGAAUUCUUCCUGGCGAGGGAAUUUAGCAUCGAGGAAAUUGGCAUUAUGGCAAACAGAUUUGGAAUUAUUCACACACUAAGCUUGGAAAAAAACUUACUUCCGAAAUAUGAGUUCUUCCUGGCGAUGGAGUACCCAAGGUGCGAGCUCGUGAAAUUUCCACAGUACUUUGGGUACAGCUUGGAUCAGCGGAUAAAACCACGGUAUGCUCGGAUGACUGGCUGUGGGGUGAGGUUGAUUUUGAAUCAGAUGCUUUCAGUCUCAGAUGACAGGUUUGAGAAAAUUUUAGAAAAGAAGAAGACUGGGCUUUGA